AUGUGGAGGCAAUCUUUGUCCACCACACUGACUCCAGAGCUCCCGCUCCUCUCGACAGGACGCUGUCCUGGCUGCCAAUUCCGCAGCACCGCGGCUCUCUCGCAUCUCCGCGCGAACACCUCACUCCGCAGCUAUGCGACCAAGAACAACGCCAAGAAACCAGUCAGCGCAUCCAAUAACGAUGCUCCCACGAUCUCGAAGCCCCCGCCCAGAGCCUCUGCUCCCUUGCGCCGCCAGGUCCAAUUCCAACAAAACCAACCCGCAAAGCAGGCCGCGCAGCCCGGCGAUGAAGAAUUCACGCCGCCGACACUAGACCGUCCGAUAGGCACCGCUGCCCCUCCGGAAGCAGGAGAGAACACAGGCGUGGACCAUCGCUCUAUCCGGCAACGUCGAGACGAUUUUGUUGACUAUGACAGACACCUUGCGCGGAGAAAGGAACUGACGAGACAAGUCGCCAAACCCUACUUCCGCGAAUGGUCUAACCUCCGUUUCCAAGAAGGUAAAACCUUCAAGUCGAAUCCGCGCCUCUUCCGAGCCGACAAAGCCCUAUACUUCCCCAACAUGCACGGCGUAACCCUCGCCUCGCCGAAAGAUACGCAAGAUACCACGCCCAUCCUGGAAGGCAAGAUCAGCGUCGUGAGCCUGUUCUCGAGUGUCUGGGCCGAAGGCCAGGUCAACUCCUUCACCGGACAACCAUUGAACCCCAAGCUGGCAGAAAUCCUGGCAGCUGGCGGACCCUUGGUCCAGAAGGUUGAUAUCAAUGUGGAAGAAAAUCGCAUGAAGGCAUGGCUUGUGAAGCGUUUCAUGUGGCGUAUGCGUCAAAAGUUGAAUGAGGCGCAACACUCGCGAUACUUCUUGGUGCAGAAGGGCUUUGGCGAGUUGUUGAAGGAGGCAAUUGGCAUGAUGAACUCCAAGGUCGGAUAUGUCUACCUUGUUGAUGAUGCGUGCCGGAUUCGUUGGGCGGGCAGUGGUCCUGCGGAGCCGGAGGAGUUGGAGACUCUCAAUAACGGUCUGCAGAAGUUGAUUGCGGAAAAGAAGGCCAGUGUCGAGGCUGAACGGGUGGCCCGUCUCUGA